CUCCAAGCCAGCCGAGCCCUCCCACCGCGCAACUGUCCAGCCUGAACCUGCCCGCGCCCACCGCCCCUGCGAACGGGUGCCUGCAUCCACGAUGGGAAAUGAAGCUAGUUACCCGACGGAGAUGUGCUCCCACUUCAACCACGAUGAAAUUAAAAGGCUGAGCAAGAGGUUUAAGAAGCUGGACUUGGACUGUUCGGGCUCUCUGAGCGUAGACGAGUUCUUGUCCCUGCCCGAGCUGCGGCAGAACCCGUUGGUGCAGCGAGUGAUCGACAUCUUCGACACCGACGGCAAUGGAGAGGUGGACUUUGAGGAGUUCGUCGUGGGGACCUCCCAGUUCAGCGUCAGGGGGGACGAGGAGCAGAAGUUGAGGUUUGCCUUCAGCAUCUACGACAUGGAUAAAGACGGCUACAUUUCCAACGGGGAGCUGUUCCAGGUGCUGAAGAUGAUGGUGGGGAACAACCUGCAAGACUGGCAGUUACAGCAGAUUGUGGACAAAACCAUCAUCAUCCUGGACAGGGAUGGCGACGGGAGAAUAUCCUUCGAGGAAUUCAGUGCAGUGGUUGGAAACCUGGAGGUCCACAAGAAGUUGGUGGUAAUUGUGUGAGCCUUUUUUUAAGAGCAUCACCCACCAACUCUCACUUAACCUGUCUCUGUCUCUCUUGACUUAUUUGGAAGUGUUUCUCUUUGUGAAGCCACAUUGUCUAAUGUGAACCUCAUGACCAGCUCAGUGUUAUUAAUUCUUCUCUCAGUGAUUCAGGGUAACACCCCAGAGGAGCGUGGUGGGGAAAGAAAAACAAAUGGCUUUUAUAAACGUCUUUUUCUUUGCUUUGAUCCAGAAACCAAACUAUAAAGAGUCAAGAAGAAGUUGAAAACUUCAAAAAUAAGAAUAUAUACACUUCUUUGCCUCUACUUCUCAUGCUUGUACAUAGGGGAGAAAACUGCACAAUUUCAGUCAGGUGUUAGGUGAACUGCUUUCAUUUAUCUGUGGUAUCCAGGUAUUUUUUGACAGAUUGUUAACUUCCUAUUGUGGCAACAGGAAUAAAUAUAUUUCUCUUGGCUGA